AUGGUGGGGUAUUGGGCUGAGUCGCAGAUAUUUGGGGGUGUUGUGCUUUUCGAUAGACGCCGCCCUGACGAGCGCGAGCCUCACGAGGACCCGGACGCAAUCCUCUUCCAUUCUGAUCGUCAAAAUGUAACCUACCGGAUCUGGCAGCUCCUCGAUAUACAAAAGAAGCAGUUGCCAGAUUUCCUCUUGGCGGAGCCCAACAGCGUUCCUAGCCCCUUUCCUAUCCUGGCGGAUGACAAAAACUUGACACGGAUCGACCCUGAGGAACCAAUACGCGAGACCGGGAUUUAUAGAGAUCUCUGGGAACGGAACCCCCUGGGCGAGAAUGACGGCGAUAGUCGGUCACAUUGUUGUUCAUACAAUGGCCUGGACUACCCUUCCAUAGCCGAUUACAAGCGGUCCAGGGAACGAUGUUGGAAUAGAAAGGCGGCGAUGGAGGAGAAGGAAGAAGAGGAGAGAGAAGCCAUAGAGCGCGAGACAGAGGCUCAAGAAAUACUAGAGAAAGCAGCAGAAGAAGAAGAUGAAGUGGCCAGGGUGUUGAAAAAAGAACAGGAAGUCAGUAGGAAAGGUCAAAUCUGA